CUAUUUACCAUCUUCCGCUCUUGUCCUCUUUUCAUUCUGCAAGAACCCCUUCGUCAGGUUCAGGAGCAGCAGUGCAAGCUGCACACUUAGCUAGAAGCUACGACUACUAUAUAUCCCCAUAAACACCUUAUCCUCUCUCUACCUCUCCACUACCUCACUAUCUCCUCCUUCCAAGCUAACAACUCUGCUAGCAUCGCUGCAAUGCCAAGAGCACCUUAGCCUUGUUUCUUCAGAGUCUUGAUUGUUUGCGAUAAGGUUGCGAGGUUGCAGUGCAGCGCUUGGUUAGCUUGGGGCGGACAUGGCGCCCAAGGCAGGGAAGGCCAAGCCGCACAAGGCCAAGGGAGACAAGAAGAAGAAGGAGGAGAAAGUUUUGCCCACCGCGCUGGACGUCACCGUUGAGACGCCGGACUACACGCAGCUCACGCUCAAGGGCAUAUCGACGGACAGGAUCCUCGACAUCCGGAAGCUCCUGGCCGUCCACGUGGACACCUGCCACCUCACCAGCUACUCCCUGUCCCACGAGGUCCGUGGGGCCCAGCUUAAGGACAUGGUGGAGGUCGCCGCCCUCAAGCCCUGCCACCUCACCAUCGUCGAAGAGGACUACACGGAGGAGCUCGCCGUCGCGCACGUCCGGCGGCUGCUCGACAUCGUCGCCUGCACCACUGCGUUCGGGGUGAAGAAGCCCCCCGAGCAGAAGCCCGCGUCCCCCAAUGCGGCCGCGGCCGCGGCCGAGGCCGAGGCCGCGGCCGAGGCCGCCAAGCCAGGGUCGGCCGGUGGCGAGGAGCCCAUGUACCCGCCGCCGAAGCUGGGGAAGUUCUACGACUUCUUCACGUUCUCGCACCUCUUGCCGCCUCUGCAUUACAUUAGGAGGUCGACGCGCCCUUUCGUUGAUGACAAAAGAGACGACGACUUCUUCCAGAUCGAUGUGAGGGCUUGUAAUGGGAAACCUGUGACAAUUGUGGCAUCCCGAGCAGGAUUCUACCCAGCAGGGAAGCGUACACUCAUCAGCCGCUCCCUUGUUGGGCUACUGCAGCAGACGAGCCGUGCGUUUGAUGGAGCUUACAAGGCCCUGAUGAAGGCAUUUAUUGAGCACAACAAGUUUGGAAAUCUUCCUUAUGGAUUUCGAUCGAAUACCUGGGUGGUUCCCCCUGUUGUUGCUGAUUCACCAUCAGUGUUCCCACCUCUUCCAAUAGAAGAUGAAACUUGGGGUGGCAAUGGUGGUGGUCAAGGAAGAGACGGAAAGCAUGAUCAUAGACCGUGGGUAAAAGAAUUUGGCAUCCUUGCUGCAAUGCCAUGCAAAACAGUUGAGGAGAGGCAAGUCAGAGAUAGGAAGGCUUUCCUACUCCAUAGUUUAUUUGUAGAUGUUGCAGUCCUCGAAGCUGUUGCAGCUAUUCAGCAACUCAUUUCGAAUGACACGAGUUCACAUGGGACAGCAAAUGGCACAAGUCCAGUUUUGCACAGAGAGCAAGUUGGUGAUAUGAAAAUAAUGGUCACGAAGGACAAAGCAGAUGCAAGUUCCAAGUUAGAUGUUAAGUUGGAUGGAAGUCAGGCUCCAGGGAUGUCUUCCGAUGAGGUUGCUCAGAGAAACUUGUUGAAAGGAAUCACUGCUGAUGAGAGUGCAACAGUACAUGAUAUUGCCACUCUUGGUGUGGUUGUUGUAAAGCAUUGUGGAUAUACAGCUGUUGUCCAAGUUCCAGUAGAUACUCAACUGACAAGUGCUUCUCUAGCACAGCAGGACAUCCACAUUGAAGACCAGCCUGAAGGAGGUAGCAAUGCUCUCAAUGUCAAUAGCUUAAGGAUGCUGCUUCAUAGAUCAUGUUCUCAAUCAUCUGGAGGAGUUCUGCAGUUGCGGAGUUGUGAUCUUCAAGAUAAUGAGACUACUAGAAGUUUUGUCCGGAAGAUACUGACUGACAGCCUACAGAAGCUUGAAACUGAGGCUCCGAUAGCAACACGACCAAUCAGAUGGGAACUUGGUGCUUGCUGGGUACAACAUCUACAGAACCAGACGUCUGAGAAGACUGAAACUAAGAAAAGUGAGGAGACUAAGGAUGUUCCUAAAGUAAAGGGCUUGGGUAAACAAUUUGGUCAGCUAAAGGAGAUCAAGAAGAAGACUGAUGACAGGAGUGAUAAAAGUGCAUAUGCAAAAGAAAACACUUCACCUAAUACAGAUGAUGCACAUACAGGCAACACUGCCAGUGCAAAGGAGGAUACGGAGGCUGUUCUUCAGAGACUGCUUCCAGAAGCUGCUUUCCAAAGGCUAAAGGAAUCUGAAACUGGACUUCAUGCUAAGUCACUGGAUGAAUUGAUUGAGAUGGCACACAAAUAUUAUGAUGAUACUGCCCUGCCGAAAUUGGUAGCAGACUUCGGUUCACUUGAGCUUUCCCCAGUUGAUGGAAGGACACUGACAGAUUUUAUGCACACUAGGGGCCUCCAGAUGCGCUCACUGGGACGAGUGGUUGAGCUUUCUGAUAAGCUCCCACAUAUACAGUCCCUGUGUAUACAUGAGAUGGUAGUUCGAGCAUUUAAGCACAUACUCCGGGCUGUUAUUGCAGCUAUUGAUGAUAUAAAUGACAUGGCUGACUCGGUUGCAUCAUGUUUAAAUAUCUUGCUGGGACCAUUUCCAGAAGAAAAUAAUGAUGGAAAUUGCGGCAAGGAUCAUAAUCUAAGGAAAAGGUGGUUGGAAGUCUUUCUAAUAAAAAGAUUUGGCUGCACGUGGAAAGACGAAUAUUGUCUUGAUCUAAGAAAAUAUGCCAUUCUCCGUGGUCUCUGCCAUAAGGUAGGACUUGAGUUGGUAACCAAAGAUUAUGACAUGGAUACGCCGCAUCCAUUCAGAAAGCCAGAUAUUAUCAGUGUCGUUCCUAUCUACAAGCAUGUUGCGUGCUCAUCAGCUGAUGGCCGCACCCUGUUGGAGUCAUCCAAGACUUUCCUGGAUAAAGGAAAACUUGAUGAUGCUGUUAACUAUGGCACAAAGGCUCUUGCAAAAUUUGUUGCUGUUUGUGGUCCUUAUCACAGAAUGACGGCAGGAGCAUACAGCCUUCUGGCAGUAGUGCUUUAUCAUACAGGCGAUUUCAACCAGGCAACUAUCUAUCAACAGAAGGCUUUGGAUAUUAAUGAGAGGGAACUAGGACUUGACCACCCAGAUACAAUGAAAAGCUACGGAGAUCUUGCCGUUUUUUAUUAUCGCCUGCAACAUACAGAACUGGCACUAAAGUAUGUGAAUCGUGCCCUAUAUCUUUUGCACCUUACUUGUGGCCCUUCUCAUCCUAACACCGCUGCAACUUACAUCAAUGUUGCAAUGAUGGAAGAAGGGCUGGGUAAAGUUCAUGUUGCACUCCGAUACCUGCAUGAAGCUCUAAAAUGCAACCAGCGGUUGCUUGGUGCUGAUCACAUACAGACUGCUGCUAGUUAUCAUGCUAUUGCUAUUGCUUUAUCUUUGAUGGAAGCAUACUCUUUGAGUGUCCAACAUGAAAAAACUACUCUACGAAUACUUCAAGCAAAGCUUGGAUCAGAAGAUCUUCGGACACAGGAUGCUGCUGCUUGGCUGGAAUACUUCGAGUCCAAGGCACUAGAGCAGCAGGAAGCAGCACGUAAUGGCACUCCAAAGCCUGAUGCUUCAAUAGCAAGCAGAGGCCAUCUUAGUGUAUCAGAUCUUCUUGACUACAUCAAUCCAGAUGAUGAGCUCAAGGCUAAGGAAAUGCAAAAGAAACAAGCUCGUGCUAAGAUCAAAGGACGCACCGGGCAAAACCUGUCCGAUAUAGUCGAUGAUGAAGAUCAAAGGAGCCCUCCACCGAACAAUGAUAAUUUGUUAAUUGAGAAGGAAAACUUUGGAGUCAAAGAGAAUGUAACCUUUGUUGAGCAUGUGAAAUUGAAAGACGAAGUACUAAGUGACACUGCCAUCCAGAUACCUCAAGGUGAUUUUACUGAAGAGUACACAUCUGAUGAAGGGUGGCAAGCGGCUGUUCCAAAGGGACGAUCCACAGGGAACCACAAAACUGGUGCAGGCACGAGGAGGCCAUAUCUAGCGAAGAUCAAUACCAAUGCACUUCACAGUGAGAAUGGAAGAUACAAAGGAAGAGCUCCAUCUAACUUCUCUUCUCCUCGAGUUUCACCUAAUGAGACUGCAGCUGCUGUUGCUUCUAGUCCUCUUGCAAAGAAAUUUGUGAAGAGUUCAAGCUUCAAUUCCAAAGCAGGUAGCCCUGCUGUCUCAUCAAACACUGGUGAUAAUUCUUCCAAUCCCAACUCCAAGCCAGCAAGCCCUGCCACUACUGCAGCUGCUGCCAAGGUGAUACCAUCCACAGCACCAAGUGCCAGUCAAACAGUAAGGAAGUCACUUUCAUACAAGGAAGUGGCAAUAGCUGCACCAGGAACUCUUGUCAAAGCAUUGAAUGAUGUACAUACAGACGAAAAAGAUACAAGUGACCAAGGUGCUAAGCCUCCAAAAGAAAGCAAUGGUCACCCUUCUGAAGAGAAAGAUGAACCGAAGGGUGAUACUUCACAAGUAUCAAAAGCAACAGAUGGAGUAAAAUCUGAGCAAACUGAUGUUUUGGUAUAUUCAAAUCAACCAGGAACAGAACAUAAAAAGACAUCACAUCCAGCAGAGACAUCCAUAGUGAAGAAAAACACAGAUCUCGUUGGCUCCGACACAACAUCUGAAUUAAUAGCAACACAAACUGAGGCUAACACCCCAAAUGAAGAAGCACCAAUUGUUACUGAGGCAAAUGAUUCUUCCUCCAAUGAUGAUGAAAGAGAUGUAGGGGAGGAUACACCAGAACAGCUUUCUAGUGGAGGUGAAAAUGAGAAAUGUUCACUAUCUGAGAGUGAAAAGAAUGAUACACUUGUAAAAGGUGCCAAAGAGACAACCAGUAAGCUUUCUGCUGCGGCGGCUCCAUUCAAUCCAUCUACCGUACCAGCUUUUGGUUCAAUGGCUGUACCAGGUUUCAGAGAACACGGAGGACUAUUGCCAUCGCCAGCCAAUGUACUCCCUAUGUUGUCCAUCCCUCUCCGUAAGCAUCCUCACCAAUCUGCAACUGCAAGGGUCCCUUACGGUCCACGUCUGGCUGGAGGCUACAACAGAUCAGGGCACCGGGGACCUCGUAACAAGCCUGUGCUGCCAAGUGGUGAAGCCCUUACAGAAACAAACACAUCUUCCCCCAGAGUUAUGAACCCUAAUGCUCCAGAGUUUGUGCCAGGUCAAUCUCGCAGCCCUAAUGGACAUCCGGUAUCUCCGGAUGGUCCUUUAACAUCACCAGGCGGUAUUCCAUCUUCACCACACGGCCUUCCAUCCUCUCCAGAUAGUACUGAAGAAUCACCGAUAACUGCAUCCCCACAAGUUUCUGAAUCUAGCCAGACCAGUCCUGAAGGAAACGAUACAUCUAGUGGAAUCAAUGUUGAGGCUGUGGGUGAAAAGCAGAACACGGACGACAAGAACCACACAGAAAGUAAAGAUGGUGAGGUGGAGCCUGAGCAAACCACAGCUUCUGAAGUUGCAGAAGCAGCAGCAGCAACAGCAGCAAAAGAUGAUACCGAUGAGUCAAAUGCAGCUGAGAAGCCCAAAUCCUAGGCGGACUACAGCGAUGGAGAGGUUGAGGCUGUCGAGGUUGCAAGCUGAGGAAAAGACAGCCUUCUCAGAUAGUCAGCAAAGUCUGGAACUUUUAUUUCUUAAACAGAUGAGCCUUUCUUCUGCACAAUAAAGCAUACUAAUACAAACAGAGAUGCUGCCUUUUUGGAUAGAAACUUAGUUUCCUUUUUGUGAUCCAUUUCGUGGUGUGUAGUAACUGCACCGUGUGUCUGCAGUUCUCCGAGUGGCAUUCAUGGUCGCUGGUACUCUGAAGAUUUUCUAGAAUGUCCAUCAUGGUGCCUUGUUUCAGCAUGCCUUUUUUUGCUGCGAAGAAUUUUGGAAAGAACAACACUGCGAGGUAUCAACAAGAAAGAUACGUUUUUAACAUUUCGUCAGUUCCCCAUUUUACCCGUAAUUUUUGUUCCCUUUGCGAAUGUACUGUCGACUUAACAUCUUUGUAGUUAUUUUUUGAUAAAAUUAGACUUGCUGAGCCAUGUAAACUGUAAAGAAAAUGAUGUUAUUACGGUGAGUGUGAGCAAGAAAGGGGAUAGGCACGGGUGAAGAAAGCAGACCUGGGUUUACGCUUGCGGACAUGGUUAGUCCGAGCUGUAUAGCAUCUGGAUCGAACUACCAAAAUUUUCUAUUGAAUUUUGUCUAGCCAGUGUUGAGAUGCUGA